AUGACCUUAGAGGAGGGGCUAGGUUCCUUCAGCAACAGCGUCACCGCUAAGGCGUCAGGAGAGCUGGGCAACUUCCUGCGAGGCCGGAGCGACGACAGCGUUGGACACCUCCUGGAGCCCCAAAGCUGUCCAACUGUCCCUAAAAGUGCGAGUGGUAGAGGGUCAACUGGUGCUGCAGACUUCGACAAAAAAACAGCCUUCAUAUCUCGCUUAUCAGAGCAGCUCGCUGCGUUGGCUACGCUCGUUCGACCAACUCGACCAAACGGCGAAAGGGAGCCACAGGAAUCGUCUUCUGCUGGAAGCGCUUCACUACCUACUCAGCAGCUCGAGCCUCCGCUAAAAUACUUGACUUUAGCAGCUGGGUUGUUAACCUGCAUUUGGGGAUGGCGCGCCGCGCGGUCGAUAGAACGCAUAGUUUCUCGGCGCUACUCUGACAUUGCAUACCAAAUUCGUCGGCCCGACGCUUUGAGCGCUCGCAUAAGCGCCUUCAAGUUCCUUGUCUUGGGUGGGCUCGUGCUGCCUGGAUCAGCUGUUGCCUUCGCGAGUCUGCAUGUGGAGGCUCCGCAACUGGCUGGCCAGGUAGGCGAUCCUCAGGAAGCCGACGAGACGCCCAAAGUACCCUUGAAUAUCACUGUGCCUAGGCGCGUCCUCCUCGCUGAAAUUCUACCUAUCAACUUGCAAGUUGAUAUGCGCCGGUUGCGGCCUUUCAUGGAGGCCUAUCAGAGUUCGUUGAGGCUGUCGCCCCAUCCAGGCAGAAGUGGAUGCAAUGGGCAGCGGGUGCGCGGAAGUCUCACGUCGCUGGCCUCCAGCGACCCUCUGCCCUGCCUUCCCGCGUAG